CGGAAGGACGAAUAUACCCUUUCCCUAUCUUCCCAAGAGUAGUCGUGUACCAUUCCAAGUUUCGCCACAAAUUAGUAAACGCCGACUGCCAUUAUAUUCCAAAUUCCAAAAACUAUAGUAUUAAUUAGGAAAUCUAAAAGUAGGUUCUCGAUGUCACCAACCAUGAUCAGACGACCAGCGAUACUGGUUCUUCUCUUUAUCACCGUCGCUUCCAUAACUAGCGGGGCCCAAGCAUCAAGAUCCAUCGUGUUCCACCCCCAGCCUAUUUCGUCCCUCGAUAUAAUCAAUACCACCCUAAACCAGGGGCAGAAUGCACGCUGUUCAUUUACGGUGAGCAUAAGGACAAGCUGCUCUUCACCAACACAAACUAGAGAUCAGAUUAGUCUAGCAUUUGGCGAUGCAUAUGGCAAUCAGGUCUAUGCACCAAGGCUAGAUGACCCAGCAAGCAGGGCUUUUGAGCGGUGUUCAAAGGAUACAUAUACAGUAUACGGUCCAUGCACCUAUCAGAUCUGUUACGUGUAUCUCUACAGGAGUGGAUACGAUGGGUGGAUACCUACUGAUGUUACCAUAUACGGCUACAACUCCAAAGCUGUUACCUUCAUCUACAAUGUUAAUAUCCCUAGAGACACAUGGUACGGCCAUAAUUACUGUCGUUCACGGGCUGUAAAAUCUGUAGGAAACUUGGGCUGGAGUUUGCUUUCUAUUGGUUCCACUCUGUUGUAUACAAUUGCUGGCCUGUUUCGUGGUUAGUUUAUGGGCCUUUUGGGUUGUAUCUAAUUUGGGCCUUUUGUUCCCUGAUGACCCUAGUCCAUGGAUUUGUGGGUUAGCUUGAACACUUUUUUAGGCUAAUUCGUGUCUUCUUGUAAUAAAUAAACGUUAAUUAGGUAUGGUUAGUUACUUACUUUGGUUCA